GAACGGGGACAGAAGACAGGGUGGUCUCACGGAGAGGAGAUAAGAAGGAUCUAUGACUCUAUGAAAAUUCGCAUCGAGAAGCGAAUUCCAAUAAGCAAUACACCAAAUCACAUCAGAAUCUAUCCAAGCUAGAGCCAUGCAGAUAUAUCAUGCCGCUGGUCUUUGACUAUAAUAGGCUCACUUCUAAAGCGCUGCCUAAAAAAGAAGUCAUUUUAGCGAGCAUCUCAAAACUCAUAUAAAGGCAUAUGAAGGAUGGGAUUGGAUCAAUAAUUUAGAAAUAAUCCAGAAAACAUGAUGACUAUAACUACACCCAAAUUGAAAGUCCUAAUUUCAGGCGCUGGCAUCGCUGGGCCAUGUCUCGCAUACUGGCUUGCUAGAACCGGACUCAACACAUCAGUCAAAAUUAUCGAGCGAUCACCAAUUCCAAGAGCCACUGGACAAGCAAUUGACAUUCAUGGUGCAGCUGUUGAAAUUGCGAAGAAAAUGAAACUUGAGGAAGCCAUUCGCGCGCGAACGACAACCGAAGUGGGUACGAUGCUUGUGAACUCUUCAGGAAAGCCGUUUGCAACGUUUCUAGCUGGUGAUACCUUCACAUCGGAUUACGAAAUUCUGCGGGCUGAUCUAUCUGAACUUUUCCUGGAGGCUAGCAAGAAGUUCGAUAAUAUCAAUUAUAAGUAUGGUGAUUUUAUCCAGUCUCUCAAUCAGACAGAGACGGGCGUCGACGUGAUUUUCAAUGGGGGAUCAAAAGAGACAUUUGACUUGGUUGUGGGUGCAGAUGGGUCCACAUCACAAAUUCGAUCUAUGAUUUUGGACAAGGAAGCCCUUAAAGACAGCUACAAUUUCAUCGGCCAAUACGUCGCCUUCUUUAGUAUCCCAAGUGAACCAAACGAUUCGAAAUUUUGGGAGAUCUUCAAUGCACCGAAGGGUCUGUGUAUGAUGACGCGACCACAUCGGAAUCCCUCUACCAAAGGCGUUUACCUUUGUAUUACGAUGCCGAAACACGGAAUAUGCGACCCAGUAGUAGAGAAAGCCAUGGAGGGAGGGACAGAAGCCACGAAACGUAUGCUACAUUCUUACUUUGAGAAUGGCGGUUGGAAGGCAAAGCAAAUAUUGGAGGGGUUGGAUAAGUCCGAUGACUUUUAUAUGGCCAAAUCAGCACAGGUCAAAGUACCAAAAUGGACAAAUGGGCGUGCUGUAGUGAUUGGAGAUGCUGCAAUGGCAACUUUUGGCGUUGGGACUACUUUGGCUAUUGACAGUGCCUAUAUUCUGGCCGGAGAGUUGUCAAGAAUAAAAAUCAGUGCUGACAUUCCAGAGGCAUUACAGAGAUAUGAAAAGAUAUUCCGCCCAAUCUAUAGAAGGAUGGAGGAUCUUCCACCUGGCUUUCCACAGCUUGCCAUGCCUCAAACUAGAUGGGGUAUGUGGAUUAGAGAUUCAAUAAUCCGGUUCGUUAGUAAGACGAAAGUUCACAAACUUCUUCCGGAAGAUCGGAACACUGGUCAUGAGUUGCCGGAAUAUGAUUGGAUAAAAAGCUGAGACACAAAUUUGAUUAACGGGCAAGAAAUUUGAGCGUAUCA